GUCAGACUCAUUUCUGAACGCCCGAAGUGGUCGCCCGUCGCCUCUCCUCGACCCUGCAAACCCUCGUCCUCCUGAGCCCAUCAAUGGAGCCUGUGCCUCCACCGCCCAUCCCGCCGUCUGUUCUCGCCCACCUUCGUACCCUCCUCUCCGCUGCCUCCUCCGCUCUAUCCUCCCUCCCCUCCCCUCUUCUACCAUGCACCACCACCACCGCCAUCUCCUCCUCCACCCACCCCACACCUCCGUCCACCACCCCGCUCCCACUCCUCCCCUCUUCACCGACCUCCUCAAUCCCCUUCCCCCUCCCGGCUGCACAUGCCCCGUACUACGACUGCCCGGCCGUCGUCCGCACCACCAAUCCACCGCCCGCCGUCUCGUCCCUCCCCUCCUUCCUCGCGGCCGAGUGUGCAGACUUCUUCUCCUCCACUACCGUCCCAACCCUUUCCUCUCCUCCCCGCAUCCUCCCGUCCGAGCUCUGCCUCUUGCGCCGGGAGGUGGACUCCUGGGGCAGCCACCAUCUCCCGGGGGCCUACUCCUACCCAGCAUCCCGCGUGUUGGCGGCACUGCGUCUUGGUUCCCUGCAGUGGGGGUCCGAACUGCGACGGUGGUUGCUCGCGAGCUCGCCGAGGUACGGUGUCGCGAUUGAUGCGGUGACUCGGGACCAUGUGUUUGUGCUGGUCAUGCUGUGUCUCAAGGCGGCGGCGGCCGAGGCAUGGUGCUCUCUGGAACAGCCGCUCAAGGGGGAGAGUGUGGAGUUCCGUCUUGAUCCGAGGGCCGUGAGGUUCGACUGCCCCAGGCUGGUUGGUGGUGUCUCGUGGUUGGCGGUGCAGCUUGAGAUUUUGUAUGGGGAGGGCAAUGGCAGGUUCUUUGCGAUUAUGGCUGUGAAGGAGGCGAUUCUGCGGUCAGGGUCUUUUUUGGCUGUUGGUGUUGGUGGGACUGCUAGUGAAGAACGAAGUGAGUUGAGAGAUACUGGGCCAGGCCCUAUUUUUGUUUCCCAGGUUGCUGCUGCCGUUACGGCCUUACAUGAGAGGUUGUCCCUGGAGGAGAAGAUCAGGUCUCUGCAAGCACCACACCCAUCCAAGUACCAGCGGUUACUCGAAUAUUCACAAGUACUGCAACGAGGCCAUGAGGAGCGGUGUAAGCGACCAAACUAUAGAGCUGUUCUGGAGUAUGAUGGAAUUCUAUCACGCCGAGUGGAUAACCAGGAAUCUGGUAGAUCCAAGACAAGGGAGGAGCUCUUAGCUGAAGAACGAGAUUACAAGCGAAGAAGAAUGUCUUACCGUGGCAAGAAAAUGAAACGAAAUCCAACAGAGAUAUUGAGAGACAUAAUUGAUGAGCACAUGGAGGAAAUAAAACAGGCAGGAGGUGUCGAUUGUUUUGAGGAAGCUCCUGGUGACAUUGCAAAAGACAUGCUUACGAGCAAUUCUCAUGAAGGUGCAUACCAAGGAAGUUUUUAUCCCAUGGGCAGCUCUUGCGAUAAGGCAUUUUUGGGUUCUCGAUUGCCUGGUGGUGAGAACACACCAUUUACUGAUUCCUUUGGAAGAUUUUCAUCAAGGAGCCAUGACACAAGGGAUUCAUAUGGGAACAUGAGAUACGAACAUCGUGGACAUCAUUGCCAAAAUGCGUCUGGGCAAGAAAAAGGAGGGACCAAAGAAUCCGAAAGCACAAUGUAUCAAGGCUAUUCUGACCAGCAAGAGAACGAUGCAUAUAAAAGAAACACCAAUGAUGACAGGAAAUCAGAUUACCAUUCUGAAUCAAGGUCCUCCGAGAGAGAAUAGGACACCAUGUCAGGAGAUGGAAGCAAUGGUAGAAACAGAACUACUCAGAACCAACAUAGAUCAAUGCCUGUGAAUCCAGAUCAGUUCAGUGAUUGAUAUGACCCCCGGAAAAGAUAUUCUGAUGAAGAUCCUCCAACAAGCACGUGUUAUGAUGUAUAAGAAAGACACCAUCAUGAGAUUCCUCCUCUUGUACAUCACAUAAAAAAACAUGAUCAUGCUCACUGAAGCAAACCGAGUACACUUGCACUAAAACAGCGACAAGUAUUUAGGAACAGAGGGAGUAUGUGAGGUAUGCUUGCUUGCAUUAUUUUUGGCUCUUUAGUGUUUGGCACUUAAUUUUACACUGCUGUUUGAUAUGAUCUUGCAGUAGGCAUCUGGGUUGUUAGCCUUCAAACUGUAUCCUUUUUUGUAUCCUUAUGCAGAAAGUGUGUUACUAUAUCUGCAGCUAUUGUAGUGAUAAUGUGUUACAGUUUUUCUUUCCCUCUGAAUAUGUUAAGUUGUUAAUUGUUACUGUACUCUCUUGUUUACAAUUAGCAUUCAUUUAUACCAUUCCAAUUUCCUGCUCAUUUCAACCGUUAAACAUAAACUUCAUCUAGGGUGGAAUAGAUUUCUUGAUCAUGGAUGAUCUUUGAAGACUUUCUGUUAGUUCUGAACAUGAUUCGUAAUAACUUUGCUCUGGUAUUCUACCCAUCAUACUUAUGAGCUGGCAGGAAUAUCUAAUUCCUUUUGCUUAGAAAAUUGCAUGAGAGGAAUACAUUUUUUCUUCACC